AUGCCACGCCAAGAGCUCUCAGAUAGGAGCUGGACGGAAUCUCUAUCCACUUCUCGGAAGCUGGAAGGUGAUAUCCGACUGGACGAUGAACAUGGUCCCCUGGCAGAAGUAGGUUUAUUCCUGAUGCGAAGCUCCGUGCGCCAAAUUGGACAGUGGAAAUACCUAUUCGCUGUCCAUGAUGUUGACGCAACUGCAUGA